AUCGAUCCUGUGUGCGGCGGCCGGACACAUCGCGAAGCAACCAAGAAAAUCCCCACCCGUGUGACUUUCUCUUCCUCCACGCCUGGGCCUCAUCCUUCUCCCUCCCUGCCGCCUUGGAGCUCCGGCGCCCUGCACUCCGUCUUGCCGGCCGGCGGCGGCUCUGGCAAGCGGCGCAAAGCCACCAGAUUCAUGGCCAAGUCCGGUGCCCGUAAGGACGCCGCGCAAGUCCGGCCAUCGGCCACCUCGCCGCCGCUGCAGCACUCCCCCGGCGCCACAGCAAGCUCGUUCGCCAGCCGCUCUCCACAGCUUCUCUUCUACCCCGGCGCCCCGACAAGAUCCUCGGCCAGCCCCUCGACACCACCACACCUGUACCCGCCUCUCAUGGAAUCCUCCUCAGCCAACCCUACAUGGAGGCCGAUGUAUACCUCUGCACCUGAAGGCCUGCUAAGUUUUGGACAAUUACCGCCCAUGAAUCCUUACAAUUUUCAACCUCAGCCAAUGCACCAUCAUGAACAAGGAUACCAAAAUAUGGAGAAUUUGCACUUUGUUGGUGCUUCCCCACAUGAUCCCUUUUCAACACCACCGCCACCACCGCACUCUAAUGUUUCAUCUCAGUCUGCUCCCACCAAAGUUGAUUCAAAGAAAAAGAAAAGGAAGGUCAAGAGUGUAGAUGCCGACGAAUCGGGAGCAAGGACCGCAUAUCGUCUGCCCUAUACACCCGAGGAACAUGAGAGACUGGCAGGUGCUUGGCUGGAGUGUUCACUCAAUCCCAUUGAUGGGAACGGAAAGAAGUCUGAGCAGUUUUGGGAUGACAUUGCUGCUCUAUACAAUACUGCCACACCAAGUAACCGCAAAAGAGAUCGGAAUCAGCUCAAGACGGAAUGGCAAAGGACCAAGAAAAGGCUCGCCGCUUUCCACGGUGAGUGGAUUGCCGUUAUGGGAGUGUAUCAUAGUGGUCACAAUAGUCAUGACCUGCAAAAAAUGGCGUUGGAGAAGUAUGAACGGAACUAUCACCAGCCUUUCCAACAUUUAACUAUGUGGGAAAAAAUCAAGGAUGAUUCAAAAUGGCUAGCCUCUUAUAAAAACAUGAUGGCAAAAAAGGAAACAUGACAGAGACCGAUCUCCCAUCAAAUAUGAUCAACUUGGAGGCCGAAGAGCGCCCAAAAGCUGGUCGUGAUAAGGCUAAGGCUGAACGUGCUGGUAAAGGAAAGUCGGGAGGGAUCUCACAAGAGCUUGGAGAAAGGCUAGACAAGUUCAUCGAGGUUAACAAUCAAUCGAAGGAGGAGCGCCAAAAGGUGAUAGACAGCCAGGUUCUUUUAUCAAAUCAACAGCUUGAAACCGCAAAGAUCAACAGCAAGACAAAAAUGUUGGAUGUUUACUCCAAAAUGCUUUUAGCGGACACAUCUAAAAUGGAUGAUGCUGAAAAGGCUCGGCGUGCUAAGGCUUUGAGCAGAAUGGAGGCCAUAUUAUUUCCUGAAGAAGCUUCAGGUGAUUGAAGGGAAAAAGUGGUGCACUAUGAAGCAUAUUAGAAAUUGGCUCGGUCAGUUUGUUGUGUAAACCUGAUGGAUCGUUCAUCACUUUUGUUGUCCGGUCAGUUUAUUGUGUGCACCGAUCAGCUACUCUAAAAUUGAUGUGAACGUGAUGGUUUGCUGUUAGCUUUUGGACUGAUCAGCUACUACUAUUGUCAGUUACCUUUUAUGAAUCAUCGGUGAAGCUACUCUAAUUGAUGGACCGAUCAGCUACUACUAUGCCCGUUACCUUUUUUAAUCAUUGCUGAAGCUCAAUCGUUUGAGUUUUCAUUUACACAUGAAUCGUUUCACAACAGUGUGCUAUAUAUACAAGCGUAUGCCUUCUCUUUUCCUCACUCCUGCACACUGCACCACUUCUUUCCCUGUUCAAGAUGGCCAGUAGUGAACCAGACGAUGGUUCCGAUGGUGAAGCUGAAGCAAGUAUCACCAAUCCUUCCUCCCUCUACACACUAGAAGACUACCUUGUCCAGAUGGACAUGUUAGAUUCAUUAGGCAAGGGGAUCGCAGCAGAAGUGAAGGAAAGCCUCGAAGAUCAAGCAACAUCAAGAAGAAGUGGUCCGAGGACUUACGUGAACACGCCACGUGAAGCAGCCGCCGAGCAAUUGGUACGCGACUAUUUCUGUGAUAAUCCUAUCUACAAGAAAAAAGUAUUUCGUAGAAGAUUUCGGAUGAGAAGGCCUCUUUUCGAGCGUAUUGUGCAUGCACUAGGAGAGUGGUCUCCUGAGUUCACGCAAAGGAAAGAUGCUCUUGACCGCGAUGGACUCUCUCCGUUGCAGAAAUGCACAUCGGCUAUUCGCCAAUUGGCGUAUGGUACCCCGGCGGACGCUCUCGAUGAGUAUCUGAAGAUUGCCGAGGGCACUUCAGUUAAGUGCUUAAAACUGUUUGUUGAAGGCGUGAUUCAUAUAUUUGGUGAUGAGUAUAUGCGAAGACCCAAUGUCGACGAUGUGCAACGCUUACUUGAUAUUGGAGAGACACGUGGGUUUCCCGGUAUGUUAGGAAGCCUCGAUUGUAUGCAUUGGCAUUGGGAGAAAUGUCCAUUAGAGUGGAGGGGGCAAUUCACUAGCGGGUAUAAAGGAGCCCCUACUGUUAUUCUAGAGGCGGUUGCAUCUCAAGAUCUUUGGAUAUGGCAUGCCUUUUUUGGUGUUGCCGGAUCCAACAAUGACAUCAACGUGCUUAACCAAUCAACGCUGUUCAUUGAGCAACUGAAAGGGCAAGCUCCUCGAGUGAACUAUACUGUCAACGAGAAGGAAUAUCAACUUGGUUAUUACCUUGUAGAUGGAAUAUACCCCGAGUGGGCAGCAUUCAUGAAGUCAAUACCGAUGGCUUUAACAGAAAAGCACAAGUUGUUUGCGAAACAUCAAGAGGGAGCAAGAAAGGACGUGGAACGUGCAUUUGGUGUGUUGCAGGCGCGAUGGUCUAUUUUACGGCUUCCGGCACGUUUAUAUGAACGGGGUGAUCUCAAUAAUAUUAUGUUGGCAUGCAUCAUUCUACACAACAUGAUAGUCGAUGAUGAACAUGAAGAGGCGGGAAAUAUUCUUGAUUUGAAUUAUGAAGCAGGCUCGUCGAUUGCCCUUCCUUCAGUAUUUACUCAUGGUGACAUGCCAGAAUUUGCCGAGGUACUUGAAAGAGAUGCUAGAGUUCGUGAUCGUCCAACGCAUAAGGCUCUUAAAAAUGAUUUGAUUGAGCAUAUAUGGAGAAAGUUUGGGCGCGAAUAAAUUAUAUCCAAGUCUUGAUCGAUGUAUUGCUAAAUAUGUUCUAUAUAUUUCAAUAAUAUAAUAUUAUACUUUAUUAUUUGUUAUAA